AUGUCCAACUCUCAAAGGAACAUGGACAAUGCAACUGAUAUUGAUCGUGAUCUUACCCGUAUGUGCGAGGAGACACAUCGAACAAAUACAUAUAGGGAUUAUGAUCAAUAUGUUCACCAUCCAAAAAUAAUGGCAAAAGCUGGUUUCUAUGAACUAGAUAAGAGACUGAUUUGUUUCAGAUGUAAUUUAAACAUCGACAUCAGUGACAUUGGAAAAACUGAUGACAUCGUGGAAGUUCACCAGAUAAAUAGCCCAAGUUGUGGAAAGGUAACCGGUAAUGUACCUAUUCGUAUAAAUAAGAUUAUAAGUAAGAUCAUCGGUCAUCAAGAAACAGAUAACGAGAAAAACAGCUGUGAUAGCAAAGAAGGAAGAAACCGUGGAGCUAGUGGCGAAGAAGAUGGUGGAGAUUCACGCGAGUCGGAUAAUGACAGUUCCUCAAGAACCAGUGUUGGUAACAUAUUGUCGGAGAUGGGCAUCGAAUCGUAUUCUGGACCAGAGCACGAAAAUUUCGUAACGCCAAGAAGUCGCAAAUACACCUAUGACGAUUGGCCUCUGGGAGAUAUAAUGCUCCCCAAAAGACUGAUAGCUGCUGGAUUCUUUUAUUCGGGGUACGGUGACCACGUAAAUUGUUUCCACUGCGGUGUUGGUAUCCGCAAUUGGGAAAAGGGUGAUGACCCAUGGACACAACACGCUAUGUGGAAUCCUGAGUGUCGUUAUGUUCGAACCUUAAUGGGACAAACAUUUAUCGAUACG